AUGACUUUCUUCAACUUCAUGCCUCUGCUCACCCAUCUUCAUCAUCUGAACCGAGCAGUCAGCAACAGUGGGCCAACGAACAUGGGAACGACAAUCACUGGACCCGAGCAAUCUGCAAAAUGGAGUCUGUCAACAGGGAUCGCCCGCCCGCACCCGACCCGAUCGAACGGUUGA